UCUGUCAAAGUUUGCUUUUACGCUCCCCGUUAGUUGCCUAGUCGAAUGAUGCACUCGGUCCUCAGACACUGAAUGCGCUGCGUACCUAUAGAAAAAAAAGACCACAAACCGGACGAGGAAAGCAACUAAAUGCACAGACUUUCUCCCAUAUUCUGAGUGUGCCAUUUCGAAGGAAGUCACUAUUGCGCUCUGUCAGUGUUCUGUAGAAGGCUUGCCUAUCUGUAGAAUUAUAAAUCACGUUAGACGUGUCGUGGGAGUACUUGUCGUUUUGUGUACCAGGAUUUCAGUGUCCUUUGGCAGUCCUUCAACGGUUUAGAACCACCAGCUGGCAGUGUUGUGGGUGUCUUCUUUCUUUCUUCAUCACUCCUUUUUGGAUGAGGGUCAUUAGGGGGCGAGAACAAGGGUACAGAAACAUCUCGUUGGAGACGGAUCUCAUGUGAUUGCUGGAUGUGCUUGUGAUUACCAAUAUUUAAACAAAACACAACAAAAAAUCAGUUGUGAAUCAUUUUAUUCUACUGAAAGGACUACAAUAGCUGCAAAUUUCGUCAAAAGGAAAGAAAAACGUUGAAGAUCAACAUGAGCUGCCUCAUCUUGCGAAACAUGCUGGCUUGCGUCCUGCUGCUGGUGCUCUGGAAAGGCCCUUCCACGGCCGUGGCGGUGGAGUACGGCCAGGUGCCUGACAACAUCACCGUCCUGGAAGGAGAGAAUGUUACCCUGAGGUGUAGGAUUGAUGUGGAGGUUACCCACAAGGCCUGGCUGAACCGUUCCAGCAUCCUCUUCGCCGGCGAGGACAAGUGGACUCUGGACCCGCGCGUCUCGCUGGUCAACAGCAACAGCAGCGACUACACCAUCCAGAUCGAGAACGUGGCCGUGGCCGACGAGGGCCUCUACCUGUGCAGCCUGCAGGCGCGCAACAAGCCCCACGUCUCCCUCGUCUACCUCAUAGUGCAAGUGCCGGCCAGGAUCGUCAACAUCUCCCAGGAUGUGUCCUUGAACGAGGGCGGCAACGUCAACCUCUUCUGCUUGGCGGAGGGCCGUCCUGAACCCACCGUGACCUGGAAGGCCUCCAAAUAUGGCCUGAUGAGUGAGGGGGAGUUCUUGGACAUCACGGAGAUCAAGCGGCACCAGGCCGAGGAGUUCGAGUGCAUCACCAACAACGGCGUGCUCCAGCCCGACAUCCGCCGCGUCAAGGUCACUGUCAACUAUCCUCCUACGAUCACGGAUGUGAAGAAUCUCAGUUCAGCUCAGCUGGGAAAGACUGCUCUCCUCCGCUGUGAGGCCAUGGCCGUGCCAACCGCCACCUUUGAGUGGUUCAAGGACGACCACAGACCUGUGGAGAGUGACAACACCCUCAGGAUCAAGAACGAGAAAACGCGCUCGCUGCUGCUCUUCACCAACGUGACGGAGAAGCACUACGGCAACUACACCUGCUUCGCCUCCAACCGCCUGGGAGCCACCAACGCCAGCAUGCUACUACUGCGACCAGAGGCUGCGUACAGUGGAGGAGUUUCAGACGGGAGGAGUGUGAAUGGCCUGGGCCUGUGGCUAGGCCUGUCCGCAUGUGUACUUCUGAAAGCCUAGAGCCUGUCUCGCCCAACCCCCUACCGACAACGUAAGGAAAAGAGGAGGAGAGAAGAAGGAAGAUGAUGAUGAGGAGGAUGGUUAUGAUGAAGGAGUCUUUAAUUAUGAACCCAUCACUGUGAACAAAAAGAAUUAUGCAUUAUUCCAGGAGCCAUCGCUGCAUCACACAGCACAUCCUACUCUCUCUCUCUCUUUCCCUCCUUCUCUCUAUCUCCUUAUCCCUCUCUCUUUGUCUCACUCUUUCUUUUCCUGCACCCUCCUUUUCUUUCUCCGUCCAGUCCUUCCAUCCUCACCGUCAUCAUCUUCAGCUUUUCACCAGGCUCUGUUACCUCUUAAUAAAGAAGGUCACAAUGAUGUAAUAAUAAUAAAAAUAAUAAUAAUAAUAAUAGCUACACACAGCACGGUCAGCUUCAGCUUAUGCACUCUAUCAUGUGCUUUAAGAUGAUUUCACAUGGAGCUGAUGUUAGUGCCAGAGCCGGGUGAUGAUGGUGAUGAUGACGACGAUGAUGGUGAUGAUGAUGAUAAUGAUGAUGAUGAUGAUGAUGAUGAUAAUAAAACCAUGCGACCUUUUAAAUGAAAGAUGUCGGAGGCCACUCACCAGCAGGGCCUGGUGACCUUCUGCCCACUGCGCAGCAUGUAACAAAUUUGAACAGCGCCACCUCUGGGCGCUCUUGAUACAGCUGCUACGAAUGAUGUCAAUACACACCUCAUUCAGCACCCAUUCUAUCUCUCCAUCCAUGACAGACCAACCAUGGGACUGCAACCAUCUUCACAUUCUGCAUCUUUUCAUCCGGUCCGCCCACUCACCCUUUCACCUCAUACACCUCCCUCCACACACAUUCUCUAUCAGAGCAGUCCCAGUGUAAAUAUGCAGCACAGAGGCCAAUGUCACAGUGUCCCCGCAUUUGGCUAAUUUCUAGGGAAACAAAAUUAAAAACAAACACAAAAACAAAAAAAAACACAUUACCCAUAAUUCUGUCUUUCUGAGUACCUCUUGUCCAGGAGGAAGUGUCUUCAGCGUCACCUGCUUUGAGUGCAGUCAUUUUCAUUCUCCUCUGUCUCGCUUGUGGAUAGCAUGUACUGGUUAGAGAUGUCCCCUGUUGUGGCUCCACUUGUCCCCUGCCCCUUGCAGUCACCCAGCCCUGCACUGUGUACGUCCCCCUUCCUCGCAAGGCUAACUACUUUUACUUUUUUCGGUGUUAAUACUUGAUAAACAAUGAGACAGUGACUACGUACUUAGAUAAACGUGAUAAGAGUAAAAAUCCACGUGACGAAUAUAUAUCUGUAAACCGACAGUGCUGAGUACUGGUUGUUUGCGCAGAAAUAAUCUUUUAUACUUUGCUCUGCAAAAAAACACCUUCAUUAAAUGACAGAAAUGACAAAUUUAUUUUUUUCUACCCCCUAAGUGACUCUAUCAUAUCAUGACGAGCUUUGUUUGAAAAAAAAAGAGGAUUUGUAGGAGUCCUCUUAUCCAAAAAUGAGCAAUCAGUGAACUGUAAUUUAAUUUAUAAUCUGUAUGUCCUCAAUUUUUUCAGUGCUGUUGCCUGUAUCUCAUGUAGGUUCAACCACUUUAUUCAACCAUGCUGUAAUAUGUUUAUAUACAAAGCGGUAGAUCAACCAAAACAAUCUCGACGCUGUGAAAGAUUGGGCCGGGGUUACGUAAAGCCGUAAUUAGCAAUUACCUUUGAUUCACUAAGCAAGGGGACCGCCGCGUUCUCCUCCGUCUCUCCAGCCGGCAGGAGACAGAACUCAUAAAUCAAACACAAUCCCGGCAUUGACAGGAUCCUCUUCAAGGACGACUCUCCCCUUCGCCACGUCAAGUCUCAUCCUCUGUUCGGAACACAGGGCCAUCGCCGGCUAAUUAGCAUUUGGCACAGAAAGCCUGCGCUUAAAACGAAGAGGUUGGGCACCUUCUCUUGGCAUGCAAGCCCUGCACCUCAUAUCGGACGCACGCAUACACUUCCUCAAAAUUCCCAAUGACCUGACGAGGGUGUCCAUUCACAGGAAUGAACAAAACAGUGAACAACAUCUUUCGACUUUGUACAUAGGUCAAUCUUUAAACCCGCACUUGUUUGAUUUAGCUUAAUUUUCGUAUGUUAAAACCAGCAAUAACCCCUUAACUCACGUAAAGAGCAGAUAUUGUUUUAAGGUUCUCUAACGGAGUGUGACGUACAAAUAAAGCUAUUAAUCGUAUUGUGUUUUUUUUUUUUUUUUUUUUUAAGAAUGCCAGAAGCUCUAAAACAGAAAUGAUUGUGUACUGUAUAAAACCAGUGGUGCCCUCUGUGUAUUGGUAAUGUCUGCUUGAAGCCUUUGGGAGUUAUUUGCAAAGACAUGUAGACCUGUGAAGGCAUCGAACGUGUGUCUCUGCAUGGCUGUAUUAAUCCAGUAUGGGGACUUAGUCUGGGGAGAAAGAGCCUGUACGAGCCUGUGUAUGUUUCCAUAGCCUCACGCCGCCGCAGUGCAGUUGUGAAAUCUCACUUAGCUGUGGUGAAUCAAGACAUAAGGGAAACAACAACACAUGCAUUCUCCCCCUUACACUCUACGGAAGCCCACUAGACACCUAUGGGUUCAGCUUUUAAGCACAAGAACUGAUGUUGUGGUCAGUGCGUCAUUUGUUUAAUCAUUUCUUUGAGGUUUUUUUUCUGCUACUCAGUGCAUUCCUCGUUCGCUUCAUCCUCUCAUUCAUUUCCCCAUGUCUUCUCCACUCCUGCGCCAUCGUCACAUCUCAACAUCAAAGUUGAAUUGUCAAGUAUAAACAUCUCUGUGUACAUAUUCUCUCUUCAGAUGAAAAAAAAAAAGAAAGAACAAAUCAAAAUGAAAAAGAAAACAUGUCAUGUUCCUCAAUGUGGGUAUAAAAAGCAUGUAAGUGUUUGUUAUGGGUGGAUUUUAAAAAACAACAAAAAAGAACUGAAAAAAGUCCUGAGUGUUGUGUGUGGGCCAGAGUGUGGGGGGGGGGGGGGGGGUAUGUUUUAAAUGUGGAAGUUGGGGCUUUGCUUUUUUCCUUAUCCCUCUUUCUUUCUUUCUUUGUUUUUUGUUUGUUUGUUUUUUUGUUCUAGUUUUUUUGACCCCUUGCAAAAGAAAAGUCGUUUCAGUGUCACCAUGAGAUUCCCCCAUCAGCAGACUUGACAAAGGCACACCUCCCAGGGAAGGCUCAGAGCACUACGGGUCAGAUCUGGUAGGGAUCAGGGUCCAGGGGGGUCCGGAAAGUUCCAGAAGGGAUCAAGUCGUACAGUUUCACAGGGCUGACUGCACACCAUCCUCACCCCUAGUUUCUUAUUCAACACACACAAGAAACAUGGAGAGUCACUGUGUCUGCCUAACUGUCUCUGCCAGUCAAGGAGGGGGGCUGGGGGGGAGAUGGGCAGAACCUGACCAGACAGUGACCCCCCCACAGUGGAACAGUCACUUCCCAUCAGCCUUAUCUCUCUAGUACAUGGCAACAUACGUCCUCUGCAUCAUUCUUUCAUGAGAAAGCAGUAUAUGCACCAUGAUGUUUCUAUGUGUAAAGGUGACAAUCAAAUGGUGACCAGUCGAUGUGAGCUGCUUUUGAACAAAGCCUCCCUGAAUAAUAUAGGUAACAGUGAUUAUGAUAAUGAGUAAAAAACAUUAUUAUUAUUAUUAUUAUUACUAUUACAAACAUUAAUUUGUUAACUAAACAUUACACAAUAGAGAAUGUGCAUACACACAGUUAUCUGCUCUCAUCACAGAGAGAGGGUGUUUCACACCAUUAAUUUGUACAUAUUGAAAAAAGAAUAGUUUAAAAAUAAUAUUGUUUGCAUAUUGUUUAUGCGAGAGAAAAAACUAUUUUGCCUUUCUCUUCUAUGUUUUCUGAAUGAUCGCAACAGCAAGUAGAUUUAGGAAGGCCUAGUCAAUAUUGGGUAGUUUUUAAGCGUAUGUAGUAAUUUAUUGUUCUCUGUUCAUUAUUCGAGUUCUGCGCAGAUGCAGAAGUCACCACAUGGUACCGAACUGUUUCUGCGUGAGCGGACAAAACUGACUCUAUUUUAAAUGCAACACAGAAUCAAUACUGUAUCGAAUCUCGAAAUAGAGUAAUUUAUCCUGGGGCUUGUACUACAAUGGCUCAAUGACUGAAUUAGUCCUCUAGUGUUCUCUGCAGCCACAGCUUAGAAAUGGACUGGAUGUUUAGCUGACCAGCCAGCAGAAACCCAGUAUUUGCACCAAAUUCUCAUGUAAAGCUCUGACUUUGUAAAACAAAAUGAGGUUAGAAGUUGUCUGUAAACAGGAAAAGUAAUUAAAAGAACCUCUACACAUUAACUUUAACAGAUAGACGUUGUGUUUUUCCAUUCCAAACAUCCCGUGCUUUAAGUUAGGAUUCUUAGCAUGUAGUGAGAACUUAUGAAAUGCAAUAUUUUACUGAGUAAAUUACACUAAUGUUGGAUGGUUGAUAUAAAGGAAGUGUUAUUUUUAAAGCCAAUGCCUAUGGAUACUGUGUAUCCAAAGGUUUAUGUCUGAAACCUGACUAGCAAACUCAUAAACAUUAAUGUGUCUGAGUUACUGAGAAUUAAGGUAUUAAUAGAACACCGUAGACAGCGACCAGUUGAUUAGGCAGGCGCAAAUCAGCUUGAGUGAGUUAUAGCAUGUAACAUGCACUUUGGAAAUUGUAACUGUAGUUAAGUAACUAGGUCUUACAUAGGUGGUUAAGUAAACUGUUAGAUAUAUAGAUAGAUAGAUAGAUAGAUAGAUAGAUCAAAAAGGGGGGGGGGGGGGAGACAGCAAGAACAUAUAGAUGGAAAAGUGUAGGUAGAUGAAUCUGCUGUGUGUUACCUGUGCAGCAGCUAGUGUGCUACAUGAUCACACAGUCCCCCAUCAGGUCUGAUUUUACACAGAGCCACGCUGCUGAAGCUGCAGAUGGCCACCAUCAAUCGCCCGUCCCUCACAACAGCAGGUACCCUGCAAUUACCAUCACAGCUUUGCAGGAACUUUACACCACCAAUCAGGCCAAACAAUAAGGCCUCUCCACCGCCCCGUCGGCUCUCUCCCUCCUUCCGUUUGAAUGUCACUGAUGUGAGAAGCGCUCCCCAGCCAUGGCACUCCUAACUUAUUGUCAUCGCCACCUGUCAGUCACAGGCUAGCCUAGCCGCUAACAUCAGCCAUUACCAUCGCCACCUGUCAGUCACAGGCUAGCCUAGCCUAGCUAACAUCAGCGGCUAGGUUCCUCUGAAGCUCUGUAGAUCUUUUGCAUGCACACACUCUCACACACACACGCAUGUGUGUGAGGUGAUAAAGAAUGUUGUUCGCCAACUGAGAUCAGUGCAGCAGGUCAGACAUGCCCAUUUCUCCCCUUUUGACCUUUGCCCUUUUGACCUCUCUGUGUGUCCCUCUUUCCCAUCGCCUCUCCUUACCCCAGAUCAAAAAUCCUGACUGACCCUUGUGUCCUUUUCCGUCCCUGCCUUACCCUGCCUGUGUGCCAAGUUCUCAGUUUGUGGAAAUGUGUGCAUGUGUGUGUGUGUAUGAGAGAGAACGAGUGGGAGUGAGUGUGUCUGUGAGUGUGCAUGUAUGUGAGAGUGUGCGUACAGGAGGGAAAGAGAGCAAGACAGUGAGUGUUUGUGUGUUUGUGUCUAUGCGCAUGUAAGUGCAGGCGUUCUGUAUGUUUAUUUUUCUCCACGUCCGUGUUCAUCACUGGAAAUAUUCAUAGUGAGCAUGUUGAGUUGUAUAUGUAUUCCAGACAUUUUUUUGAAACCCCUUUUCUAAGUGUUGGAUUUCAGAAAAUAUAUAUAAAUAUAUAUAUAUAUAUAUAUAUAUAUAUAUAUAACAUCAAAAGAAAACAACUGGACUAUAUUACAAUAGACACACCUGAGCAUUGUCUUCCACUUCCACUGGUCCUGUGUCGUGCUUCAGUAUGUUGACUCUGCUGAUCACUUGGGUUCCCGUUUUUGUCCCGUUACUGUCAUUUUCUUUUUCAGUGUGUAAAAAUAUUGUCAAAAAUUCCAUAAAGAGGAGAAAAAAACUUAAAUGGACUUUAAAAAAAAGAACAACAAUAAAACUGAAUUUUGUUUUUAACAUAA